CAGUGUGCUGCUGGGGAAGAUACCUGAUAGUGAUUAGUGAUCAGACUCUUCUGGGAGAGAGAGGGGGGUUGGCUUUCUGGAGGAGGUUGAGGAGGAGGAGGAGGCGAAGGAGGAGAGAGAGGAGAGAAAGGGGGGCUGGUUUUCUGGAGGAGGUUGAGGAGGAGGAAAAGGAGGAGAGAGAGCGUGCUACCGUUCAUUUAGAGGCAGCAGCAAGAGACUGAAGCAUCGUCUGUCUGAGCUGAGGCAGGGCUGCAUGGAAUGGAGGAAAACUAGAGAGCAGCGCUGCUUGUCUGUCUGCCGACACACUGUCUGGACUCUCACGCUGCAUUCAGGAUAGAUUGUGUGUUGAGUGGAUAGGAAUAGAGGAUGCAGGUGUGAUAUGCACAGUAUGUCUGUUUGUGAUCAAAUGUGAAUGGGUUUGUGUGUGUUCACUACAUCCAAGCAGACUCUAGUUGUGUUGUAGUCAUGGCUGCCUGAGGGACUGCUCCCUGGCUGUGUGGAUCUGGAGCCCCCUCUGAUAUCAUGCUGAGAGUUGGGCCAGCGGCCACCACUCUACUCCUGCUGCUGUCAUACUGCUGCUGCCACCUGUGUCACUCUCUGGGAAUCCCUAAACUGUCCUCCUAUGCCAAGACAGAGGACAAACUGUUCAAGAACCUCUUUAGAAACUACCAGAAAUGGGUGAGGCCUGUGGAAUACCUCAACGGCACAGUACGGGUCAGAUUUGGACUGGCCAUCUCCCAGCUAGUGGACGUGGACGAGAAGAACCAGUUGAUGACAACCAAUGUGUGGAUGAAACAGGAAUGGUUGGACAUGAAGCUACGCUGGGACCCUGAUGACUACCUGGGCAUCACUAACAUCAGAGUCCCCUCGGACUCCAUCUGGAUCCCAGACAUUGUGCUCUAUGAUAAUGCCGAUGGACGUUUUGAGGGCUCUGUUACCAAGGCUGUUGUCAAGUAUGAUGGCACCAUCAUCUGGACACAGCCCGCUAACUACAAGUCAGCCUGCAUCAUUGAUGUCACCUUCUUCCCCUUUGACCUGCAGAACUGCUCCAUGAAGUUUGGCUCCUGGACCUAUGAUGGCUCACAGGUUGACAUCCUCCUGGAGGACUUCCAUGUAGAUAAGAGGGACUACUUUGACAAUGGUGAAUGGGAGAUAGUGAAAGCGACAGGCAGCCGUGGUCUGAGGAUGGACGGUCCCUGCCACUUCCCCUUCAUCACCUACUCCUUUAUCAUCCGUAGACUGCCGCUCUUCUACACACUCUUCCUCAUUAUCCCCUGUAUCGGCCUUUCCUUCCUCACCAUCCUGGUCUUCUACCUGCCCUCCAACGGCGGGGAGAAGAUCUCCCUGUGCACCUCUGUGCUGGUGUCCCUCACCGUCUUCCUCCUCGUGAUCGAGGAGAUUAUUCCGUCCUCCUCCAAGGUCAUCCCUCUUAUCGGGGAGUACCUGGUGUUCACCAUGAUCUUUGUCACGCUCUCAAUUGUCAUCACCGUCUUCGCUAUCAACAUCCACCACCGCUCCUCAUCCACGCACCAAGGCAUGGCGCCAUGGGUGCGCCGUAUCUUCCUGCACAGGCUGCCUAAGCUGCUGUGCAUGCGCAGCCACGUGGACCGCUAUGCUACCCCAGGCGGGGCCAGGGAAGGACUGACAGGGAGAGAGUGGGCAGGACUGGCAAGAAGAGAGGGGGUAGUAGGGGCCAUUACGCAGGGUUCUUCACCAGAGUCCACCCCUCAUCUCUCCUCUAGGAAUAACCUGCAGGCUGCUUUGGACUCUAUCCGCUACAUCACCAUGCAUGUGGUCAAGGAGAACGAGGUCAGAGAGGUGGUGCAGGACUGGAAGUUUGUGGCUCAAGUUCUGGAUCGUGUGUUCCUGUGGACCUUUCUCCUGGUCUCAGUACUGGGCUCUGCUCUGCUCUUCAUCCCUGUCAUCUACAAAUGGGCAAACAUCAUCGUCCCCAACCAUGCAGGUGGCAGCGGAUAAGACUAAACUGAGACUAAGUGCACUGAGCACAAUAAUUUCAGAGACACUACAGUCAGUGCAGAUAAAGAGACACUUAUUCACGUGGGUGUGGGAGACCAGUUAUAAUUGCAAUGGAUUCUAGUUCCAUCAUGAUUUUUGAUUUGUGUAAAUGAAUGAGGGAUUAUUGUCUCUAUGUUGCUGUAUCUGUUUAUAGAUUAAAUUAACAAUCAAUUGUUUUAUAUUCUGAAAGGAGGAUACCUCCCUAUAGGCAUAUCUCACAAAGUAAAGUAUAACAAUGAAUACAA